CCUUCUUCCGCCAUUUUGGAAGUUUACAGAAACUGAACAUCUCACUAACAGGUGCGGCAAUCCUGGAUAUUUCGUUUCGGGACAUGAACAAACUGGUCUACGAUGGUCUGUCGUUUCUUGUUUUGUUUCUAGUGCUCCUUGUGUGUCUUACGAUUCUGUAACGGCCGUCCAGCGGCGGGCAGUUCGGCGCCAGGGACCGUACGUUUGCGAUGGCCAGCUCGGUGGGAGUCGAGGGUGCCCCCGAAGACAAGUCCGUACUGCACGUCGUUGUGGUCGGGUUUCAUCACAAAAAAGGCUGCCAGAUAGAGUAUGCGUACCCUCCCCUCCUGGAAGGCCAGCCCCCUGACAGCCAUGACCUGCCAGAUGAGUGGAAGUACCUCCCCUUCCUGGCUCUUCCAGAUGGAGCCCACAACUUUGAAGAAGAUUUUAUCUACUUCCACCUGCCUGGGCGAGGAGGCAGUAAGAAGACAGUGUACGGCGUGUCCUGUUACAGACAGAUAGAUGCAAAGGAUUUGAUCAACAGAGAAGCUGACAUGACCAGAGAGACUGUGCAGAAAAGUGUCUGUGUACUCAGCCAUCUGCCUCUGUUUGGCCUGAUAAAAGCAAAGCUAGAGUUGUGCACAGUGGCAUACUUUGGGGAGCGGGACUUCUCAAAAGUAACCAUCCUGAAGGAACUGCAUGACAACCUGUCAGGAUUGCUGUGCUCUGAUCUCAUAGAUGGUCCACAGGUUUUUAUAGGACUCUCUGCAAGAGACCUGGUCUUACGUUUUAAACAUAAGCUUUUGGUUAUUUUCAAGUUGCUGCUAUUAGAAAGAAGGGUUUUAUUCUACUCCUCACCAGUGGGAAGACUGUCCACCACUCUGCUGUCCCUGUUAUCUCUCUUCCCAGGAGUAAUUCAGCAAGGCCUGUCAGAGUCCGUCUCUCACAAGAUCGGCACCCAGAUCUCAACCGAGCUCAUCCUCAGCGACUUUGGUAUUGACACUGAAGAGUAUCUGGAGGUCCAGCUAUCAGCCGUAUCCGGUUCCACCCCCGAGGUGCAGCCAAAAACCACAGUAUCAGAGGAGGAACUCAAGAGAAACCAGAUAGACAUUGUCGGGGAGAUUUUGCCGAAGGACGGCGGCUCGGCGGUUAUCCUCGCGGCACAGGAGAGCAGCGAGAAUUCAGCGGAACGCGAUGAAGACGCGGACCGAUCUUCCAAGACGUCUACAAGUACGUACAGCACUGCUUCCGAGCUAACGUCUCCGACCAACAUGAGCGGGAUCAGCAGUGAUUGGGAGAAGGUGGAAAAAAUGGAGGUGGAAGAGGCAGAAAACGAGCUCAAGGCCUUGUCCAGCUCGGAAAACGGGCUGACGCCGCGUAGCAGCGAUGGAGGGAAUGUGGGAGACACUGGAGGGAUGAUAGAAAGUGACGUGACGCCGAAGUCAUCGCCGAUAUUGUCCCCGAGUCCUUUCCCUACUGACGAGUUUGGCUUCCCCCUUGCUGUAUUCACAAAGGGCUCAGUUUGCCACCCAUACCUGGCCCUCCAACACCACGAGCUUCUGCAGGAUGUCAACAUCAGGAGUUUUCUGGUCGGCGCCACCAACAUCCUCUUCAAGCAGAGAAGACAUCUCACGGAUGUCAUCGUAGAUAUCGAGGAGGAUAAGAUUGAAAUCUAUGACGCAGAGCUUAGGAAACAGCUCCAUCUCCACACGGCUGACCUCCGCUUCGCUGACUUCCUGGUCAAACAUGUGGUGGAGGAAAGAGACGACAUCUUUCUGGACGGAACUGCUGAACAAAGUCAUGUCGGCUGGGAGGGAGGUGACGAGUGGGUGCGUUCCCAGUUCUGCUUGUACCUGCUGUCUCUCCUGUCUACCACUGAGAAUGGAGCUCAAGAGACGAACUACCACGACUUCAACACCCAGUUUGUGGAGGCGUACAAGACGACCCACAACUAUCGCCUCUGGAAGGCCACACUGCAUGAUGGGAUUGAUGCAAUGCACACUGGGCACCCAUUUAUGGGCCAGUACAGCGCAGCGGACAUCAAGCUCAGAUUGUCCCACGUGAUGCAGAACACUGAGAGAGGCAAGCGCCUGGGAACAGCUGUGGCCAAAACCGGGCAGGCGGUGAACACAGCCGUACAGCAGACGGGGAAAGCCGUGGGAGGAGCUCUAAACCAAGCCAAGUCAGCCAUGUCUAACUGGUGGGCAAAUCUCAACCAGGACUGGAAGGCUCCAGAGGGGGAAUAGAGUAGUUACAUUUUCCUCCCACCCCCAACCAAAUGUAUACAACAGGAUUACUUCAUAAACCCCCUUUCCACCCCCAACCA